CCUGAACUCUCAGAGCUGACCUGAAAUCCACUCCUACCCUGCAAGAUGAUCCACGACGAAUAUUUGAUUGAGUGCAAAUUGGAUCCAGAAGAACCCCGACUGCAGGAUCCAGGAUCCAUGCCACUCCUGCCAUCCGUAGUUGACGUGCCACCCAAAGGAGAUACCCGGGACCCACGUGGGAUCAACCAGCACCUCAAGUUGGAAUUUUCCGACAUCCUUGCCGAACCAUCCUCGUUCCGUAGCUUCGACCGGGUCUGGACCUGGAGUGACAUCGUCUUUGAGAGCUCACGGCUCUGGUGCUACCGGAUCAUCUCGCUGUUGUGUGCCGUGCCUGUUUCCCUCUUCUCGGGCUUUCUGUUCGCCUGCCUCGGUUGCCUGCAUAUUUGGUGUGUGAUGCCCUGCAUCCAGCUGUGCACCAUGGCAAUGCCCCCCGUCCGCACCCUCUGGGCCAGCGUCCUGGACGUCAUCGUCGCCCCCCUCUUUGCCAGCCUGGGACGCUGCUGCAGCGCCAUCUACCUCACCGUCACCCAGAAGUAGCUCCCCAGGAGUCAAACCUGGCCUGCGAGAACUCUGU